GUCACGGACGUAGGCGGAGGAUGAGGAGGUGGGGAGAGCGCGCGCCGCCGUUUAUGGUGAAGUGUUGCAUGCGCAGUUUUUAUUCAGCCUGUCCCAACGGGGCGUGGAAGCGGCGCCGGCGGCGAAAGCGCGCAUGCGUGGGGGGAUCGGCGCCUGUGCACGGAUGGCUGCUGGCCGUUCGCUCGCUGUGGUAGCGGGGAAGCGGCGCUUGCGGCGGCAGCGGUACUCGGCCGACGCAUUUGGGAGACCGUGCGCGGCAGACUACGCGAGCACCGGCGACCGCUGCGGGAUGGUCUAGCCUAGCGCCUGCGCGCGUUGCGAAGUUUGUCUGGGCCUGUGCGCGAGCGUCGAAGAGAAAUUUCGAUCGACUACGACCGUGCGAGCGCGCGUUUUUUCGUCUGCGAGGCGGUUGGGGCGCCCGAAAAGCGUCGUCUGCACACACCUGUUGCCAGGUGCCGGAGGGCGCGAUCGUUCUAUUGCGCGGAGGAGUGCGCGAGAUUGCGCGGGACGCCCUGUGGUGUUUCCGUCUGCCAGCCACCGUGCGGAAGGAUUGUGUCGUCUGGAACUUCUCUCAGGAGUUUUUCUGUCGUCUGCAUCGGAGGAACAGCGUUUUGUCUAGCUUAUUUUUCGGCACUCUUCUUUUGCUUCACCAAAAGUGAAACAUUUGGAGCACAGUUUGUAGUGUUGGAAAGUCGGUGAACGUAGCGCACAUCAAUGAUUGAAAGCUGUGGGAAAGACGUUCCAUGAGACAGUGAAACAAUUUCGUCCAGCAUCCAGUGACGUUACGAAAAGACUGACUGAGAGCGGCUGACUGAAACGACAACUUCUACCUCCUCCGGACUUCACGACAGCGGGCUGCAGCUGCAUCGUCGCUGAAUCGGAAUCAAGCUCAUUGUACACUGUGGCGCUCACUUUGGCAGCGGCGGUGCCGGCCAUCUUGGUUCACGAGGAAGAGCCCUAGAAACACUACUGGCAUGAAACCCAACACAAGGACAUCGGCGCUGGUUGGAAGCGAGGAAAACCGGUGUCGGCUAUGACCGCAGGGGGUGCCCCCUCAUCGCGCCCUUCAGCCAAUCGAAUUCAUCCUCUCCUCGCCCACGUCUAAACCUACAGGACCGUGGAUCGCCAGCGAAGCCCGAGCCGACAGGGCGGCGCGCGGCCCAGCGGCGGCGGCGUCAUGCCCAGCGCUGCCGUCCACCGGGCCGACUCGACCCGGUCGGACAACUCGGACGCCUCGGGACGCAGCGCCGAGUCCCGCGGCUCGGCCGGCAAGAAGGUCAGCUUCAGCCGAGCCGUCCGGGUCAAGAAGUUUCCCCGGCGGCACGAGGGCAGCUCGAACUCCGUGUCCCACGCCGGAAACGGCGAUGUGCCGGACUCUGCUCAGGCGCCCCCUUCGCCCGAGAAGAAGUUCUGGUUCAAGGUCUACAAGAACCGGCACCACCACGACAAGAGCGCCGGAAGCGGCCGCAUCCCCGAAGAGCCUCCCUUACCGCUGGAGACCACGGUCUCGGACUCCUCCGGGCACCACCACCACCACCACGCGCGGGGGGCAUCGUCCGUGGCCAGGAGCGCGUCGUCGGCGUCGGCGUCGCGGUCCCCGCGACGUAGACCCGACUCGCCCGUGGUCAAGCGCAACCACGUCCGACGGAUCGUGCAGAAGUUCGACCGCGAGGCGACGCUGCGGCACGACCCGCCGGCGAGCAGCUCGAGGGAGUCGUCGCCUCCGCCUCCGCCGGUGCCACCGCCACCUUCCGUGGUGCGCAGUUACUCGGUCGAGGAGUACACCAGGCCUGGAACCCCUAUCGAGCUGCAGAGGAGUCCGGCGCCCAAGCGCAGCAACCGGCUGGUCGACGGCGUCAAGGUCAUCUUGGCUCCGCUGACCCGCAAGAAGUCGUCGGCCUCGAAGAAGGAGGUUCGAAGCGCGGGCACCGGCACCCUGGUCAGGGAGGAAGACUUCGAAGAGGUCAACAACAACGAGAACAAGGAGAACGAACCGGUCGAAGAAGAGGAAGAGCUGCCCGUCAUGGUGGACAAGGCGACACAGGUCAAGCCCUUCGACUUGGAAGAGUUCUUCGCGACCAGUGGCGACGUCUCGCACCUGUACAGCCAGGUGGACAAGAGCAAGAAGACCACCACGUUCAAGACUCCCGAAAUACACGUGCACCAUCCCGAAGUAGUCGUGGACUACCCGAUCACUUCCAGCCCCCGCUACGUCGAGCGCGACUACGAGUACUACGACCGAAGCAGAGCCUCGUCCUCGUCACCGACGCCGAGGCGAGGCGGCGACGUUUCCACGACCCCGGAGCCGGAGUACGGAAGCAUCCGACGGGUGAAGUCGUCCAGCCGCAGCUUCGGCUUCAACCUGGGCCGUUGGGAGCACGACGACAGCGGCAGGCGCCGGGACUCGGACACCUCCAGCGUCAACAGCGAGCCGGGGAUACUAGGCGGCCACCACGACGGCAGCAGGCCCGGCAGCGUGCUCAAGGCCUACGACUCCAAGAAGCGCGAGCUCAGUUACGAGAACGUGCCGGCCAGGGUCUCGGACAACGAGAGGUCUCGCACGGGCUCGCCCACCACGUCGACGUCCGGGGUCUGGGUGCGCGACAUCGACAAGGACUACCGUCGCGGCAUGGCCGACGCGGACGUGACGGUGCCUAGCAGUGGCUACGUGUUCACGUACACCGCUUCGCUGGGAGGAGGAGACCGGUCGUCCAAGAAGAAGACGACGACGACGACGAAGUCGAGCUCUCGAGACGCGUCGCCCACCUUGCUCGACAACGGCAGCCUCCCCAGGAGUCACCGACGGUCUCCGUCGCGUGGACCGCGGUCUGUCAGCUCUGACCAGACAUCGGUCCGAGGUGGCCUGGCCGCAGCCUAUCAGGCAAGGCAGGCGAGAGCCGCGGCGUCUACGUCCAACGGCCGGGUCUCCAAGUCGUCCUCGCCGCGCUCUCCGCGGAUCCACGCGAGCAGCCCGGGCCGGUCCGCGGGCGCCGUCUCGUCGGGACCCGGCUCGGUCCAGGGCUCCGUGGCCGGCUCGGUGACGAGCGAGCCGGCCUACCAGCGGGACACGGUGGUUCUCUACAUCCCGGGCGUGAGCCACCACUCGACACCGUCCGAGGACUCGCUCCGCGUUUCGCGCAGCCAGUCCGUCCUCAACAAGGACAAGAGCGCGUCCCGCAGCGCGUCCAAGAGCGGCCACAAGUCCAAGUCGUCGUCCUCGAGCCGCCCGAAGAGAGCCGCCUCGGAGAGCGACAUCCGCCGGACCAAGUCCGUGCCGAAGGGUGCCAAGUUUCCCUGGCUCAGAAUCAAGCCGACCGUGACGGCGACCCCCGUGCACUAGCACUGCCCGCCGCGGCAUGUUUAGGGGCCCCAGCUUGAGUUUCAAAGUGCACCGAAGUGUCGACACCUAGUUGAGGCGCGGCGACGAUGGGCGGGGUCCAGUGAACUGUGCUAUAGGUGGUCGAGGAGGCUGCCCAAAAUGAGCCCCGAAAGAAGCACGAAGCUCUUCUUGCCGGAGUAAUUGUUCGUUUUAUAUUUAACUCUCAUUUGCGCACCUGUACGCCACAGUUAAGUAAGGUCACUCUGCGCACUCAGCGUCCCCGAUGUUCGAAGGAAGUUGAAGGGAUGCCGCUUACCCUGUGCGCGCGGAGUUAACGUUAUCUAUCGGAGAGUACGAGAACUCGCGAAAAUGGAGUUAAAUACGGCACAAGCGCGUUACACCCGAGAGCAGGAGUGGCCGAUACUCCCGUUAUAUUUAGAGUGUAGCUGUGCCCGCGUCAGCUGAUCCUGGCUCGUCUUUCCAACGGCGUGAUUCGACAGGGUCACGUGGACAGGCGUUAUGUCUAUGCGUAUCAUGUUCUCUGACUCGCUGCGCAAGUGCUGUUGGAACAGACGAGCCAACGGCAUAAUUGAGCAAAUUUUUUAUGAAAGUAUAGGAGUUACGAAAACAGGUGCGCUGAUAAGAGUAUGUGCUGACACAUAAACAUUUGAGCUUUGAUUGGUAGUGGAUUCUUUCUUGAGGUCUGCUUCGUGAGAAUUCACGUAAGAACUAUGUCGAUGCCACAGAGAGAAUGCACAAGGAAGCAUCACUUCCUCACAGUUUUGGUAGGUAUUACGCCAUGCCAUUACAGGAGGCGCCGUGUUUGCUCAAGACACAUAACGUACUCCGUGACACCACGCCCGUGUGAUCUGCAAACGGUUUUUUUAUGACGUCAUGGUGACAGCUCUCUGGACCUCCGUCAUCGUUGUCCCGUGGUUGGCUUGAUAACUGCGCCUAAGGACCCAUAAAAAUGUCACCAUAGCUGUGGCGAACUAGACGAGCCCAAAGGACUGCGCUGGAGGCCUGCUGGUAGGUAUUUUAAUCCGACAUCUGUACCUGGGCCUCAAUGCAAAUGGAAUCUGCCACGAGAAGCCAUCGUGUAAACAAAAAGAAGAAUGAAAAUCACUCAGAAAAGCGCAAUGAAAUUCAAUACUGCAUGUCAUAGCGUAUAGCAGAAAGCCCAAAGCAUUCGUGUGACACAUGGAUCACUGAGACAAGAAAAAUGUAGCAAAUUGCGUUAUCAGCGGAAGCGAAGAAAUAUUGUUGAGGCAUCUAUUAAUAUAUCCGGGUGUCCUUAAAACCAGCACUUCCGGCGCCCUUAGUUAUGUUAAGGUAACUACAACAGAACAAAGCUUUAACCACAUAACCGAACGCUCAGGUGCCGCGUUAAGAAAUAAAAGAUUGUUCGCUCAGUCGUUGUUCAGUCAGACCACAGCAGGCCAUGUGUGCGACACACCUUGUGGCGUUUUACGUUUCGCCACAGCACUGAUGACUUCGACAGCGCAGAAACGAAAUGAGGUUGAUAUUUUCUGAAUAUUUUUUCAACUUGUUCUUGUUUUUUUUUUGCGUUUCUCGACUUACGCCAACUUUCCAAGCCUGAGUCGUUACAUGUUGGUGUUGCUCGUGGCAUCUUACGAAUCCAUAGUGUCGUUUAAGAUGCCCACGUGCUUAAUGUAGACGCGUUUACAGUUGUGGUGCGACAGUGUAGCUUCGAGCAUGUAGAUUAACUGCUAACGACGCUUGUAUACUAAAUGUUUACCGUACUCAAGUGCGACCAAGAAAAAAAAAACGCGAACCCAAUACUUCCUUGUUGUUCAUAUAACGAUAACUUCUGCGAAAAGAUUGACAUUUUCGUUUGAUUUUCUUGUUGGGUGAACUUCAAUACUUAAACUGUAUAGCAGUAAACUUUUAAACAGAAAUACAAGAGUUGUAUUGCUACAGCAAAGCGUUAGCGAACGUAUAGUGUUCCUAUACUUUCGGGGGCUCCUCAAUGCUCACGUGACUUGACCGAUACGUUGCAAUUUUUUUAGCGAGUUGCUUCGCCUUCUUCGCUUUGUCGAACUCUCUCGUUUCAUCUCCACAAUAUCGAGCCUGCGCACUGCGAUGCGCGUCAUGAAAUAGAGUUCCACGACCACUCAUCCUCAGGCCCAUUCCACUCGCUGAACACGACCAAUGCCUUAACGCCAGCCGUUAAAGCCGAAGCGCAUCUAUAAGCAUUGAGUCGAGGGUUCAGACGCUUCGCUCCGAGCGAAGCCCUUGCGGCGGACUUCGCUGCCUUGACUUCUUUGCGCCGAACGCGUGGACCAAGUAGCUUAGAUCCGCUGUCGCCGCAAAUGUCGUAACGUUUACGUUGUCAUGACAACGCUGCUUGUUAUCUUCUUUUCUUACUUUGUCCAACGACGUCACCAUGACUACCAGGGACGACGCUCUGUGGAAGCAAGCUGGGCAGUUUUAGGACUCAACCGACUUGUCAUUGCUUAAUGAUAUACAGAAGUGACGGCUGUCGACACCGUAACCGGCUGGGACCGGUUAAGCCGUGUCGCACUUUGCGUGCAUUCCUUUGAGUUCUUUGCGAGAAAGCUGUGAAUCCUUUGGUUCGCCGAACUGUGUGCUGUGAAAAUAAAUGUGUACUCGCGAGGCGCCGUUACCUAUAGGAUGACUGUAUGCUAUCUCCGGCGCUUACUGUGAAAAGAAAAAAAAAAGAAACGCUGUGUGUACUAAAUAAUGAAGCGUGCUGCUUAUGUCUCGUGUGUAUAAUUGUGACGCGCGUGUACCGAUUGCGCUUCGUAUAUUGCAUUUCACUUGUUGGCUCCAGCUUAACACGUUGCGAACUAUCUUUACACAGAUGUUUGAUUAUGGGCACACGCUGUUCAUGGACAGUGUUAUACAUGGUUGACCACGCGUCUCAGAGUUUACAGAGAGCUUAGCAGAACGCCGCUAAUGGCUGUCGUAACAAUGACGUCUGCAGCGAAUGGCCAUUUACGAUACGUUGCAUAAGAGAGUGAAAGAACGGUACCAAAUCUGAAGUCCAAAUGUGGGGGGUUGGAGGUGUAAAAUGUAUCCUCACACUGAUUUACGGUAAGCUAUCAUUCACGUGGCGUUUUUUUUUUUUUUUGACAGUGGCUUGUAUAUUAAGAAGCCGGUAUAUCGAAUUACGGAUUUUAACACAAACGCUCGGCUUCCCAAGUUGGCAUUCAAGGCUAUACCAAUGCUGAAGGACCAAUAGUCCAAAGUCCUAUCUCAAAAGGAUUUCGGGGUGUCUGAGCUUCUUCACACGUAAAUUUGCAUUUCUAGUCUCUCUCUAUAAUGCAGAAUCCCAUAUUAGAGAGCUUUCAAAAAGAAAGACAUGUUGUGAGGUGCUGUCGGCUACUUUUCCUGUGCGAACGCACGCAAACGUGUACAUACCCAUUAUAUGAGUUCGAUAGUUGUAGUUUUCUUUCACCAAAAAGCGGCCAUCACGAGUACAUAUUUGCACGCUAAAAGAGCAGUAAACAACCGUUUGCGCUGUGUGCAAGGAAAACGUAUUAGCCGACAGAAUCUCGCACAGAUGUCCGCUUAGGCUAAGCAGUAUAAAGUGGCAAACGGUGUUGAUGCUGACCUGUCAGUGGCUCAGCUCACACUGAACAGACACAAGGAACGCAUCUCCGGUAAAAAGUUUAAAGACGAGUCCUUCAUUAAACCACCUCGAGCCUGGCACUAGUACGAAAGAGGGUGGAGUUUGAUCCGGGCGGCAGUUGAAAGAUUGCAAAGCGCCGCUGAGGUUGGGUACCUUGACGCCGGUGGUGCGUGGUUUUCCUUUCUAAUUCUUUCAUUGCUGAAAACGGGCGAAAGUUGUGAAAGCCAGCGGUCGCGGUAAGAGCAAAACCGUUGUGUUUUUAACUUUCCACGUCCAGAAGCAACGAUUCCAUAAGCAGAGCCUCUGCCAAAACUUGCGAAGACACUGCCAGCUUGGCUGUAGUUACCGUGAAGUAUCUCAUCGGGGCCUGCUUAGAGCCAUCCAAUGCUACGAUACCCUAGAUAUUGAUCUGUAUAAUGUUUUUACCCACUGGAGGUUAAUAUCACGAAGAGUGCAACAACUUGGCGAAUUUCUGCAAGGCUUUCCUUUUGUUUUACUUCAAAAGUGACCAUCUUGAAUUCAGGGACCUUGGCUUUCAAAAUGGUAGUCGCCGGUAUUUUACGUGCAGUAAAGAUGCCCUAAUCAUGAGGGAUGGCAUAGCUGAAAAAGGGGAAGCGGGAACCUUUAGAAGGCAGCAAAAUCCUAUUACCCGAAGCAUCGAGGAAGUUACAUUCUGUUGCUAUGUCUCAACUGUCGCUUCUGUGUUCCAUGUAUUGCACAAAGGCACUUAUUGCUCUUGCGGUAAGUGCAUUCCUCUUAUAACUAGGAGCACAACGAUACGCAGCGAGGCUGAUGUGAAACACUACCCGCCAGCGUAGACGAGGAUAGACGCGUUAACCUGCUUCACAGAGUCGACUUCUACAUGCGGGACUCGUCAUGCUAUGGGCCUGCGCCUUCACCUGAAAGACCUUCAACCGUUAUAGGGUACAAGAUAGUUCACUGACGGGGACACCACGAUAACCUUUAACGAUGCUGCUGGAAUGUGAAAAACGGGAAUUUCAUUCCCGCAGUUUCACUUCCUCCACGUCGUGGCCUUGUGAUCAAUGAACAGAAUUGAUGAACGGCGUGAAAAUCCCUUGGCUUGCAGCAUUGCAAGAUACCGUUCACUAAGGAGCGUAUAUGUCGGAAGCAACUGCAAGCAACAAGCCACGUGAAUCGUAGUUUCCGGGUUAUCCUAGCUGAGUUUGGAAAUCAAAAUUUAAUUUGUGAGCCUGCCAGUAAGCGGCACUUAACGUGCCACUAAGGAUACCACAGUGAUGAGUCAGUUUCUCUUUCGAAGUGUUUCCUUAUUUUCCGACCCGGCAUUCGAGACGAUGUAUAAUGUUACAGUGUAGAAUAUUUGCUGCACCAUGUUAGACGUCAUAUGUGGAAACAGCAGUCGAAAUGAACUACCAAUGAAAGGUGUUGUCAAAGUGUAGAGAUGAACAAGACUGGAAUAUGUGCUGCAUUCUUGGGUGAAUUAACAAACUUAUACGAAACUGAGGGCUGCUAUUGUGUCGUCGCCAUUUCAUUUCCAAUGACAUGUGUGCAGAUUCAAAAAAAGGUUUACCACUCUCGUGUGCUUUGAACAUACUCUUUGGGUGUGCACUGUGUGUUUUUGUCUUCUGCAUCAUGCGACGUAAACCGACUGUAGAGGGCGCAAUGUUUGCAUUAUGGUUGCGCGAUAUGAAGAGAGAACAAGAAACGAGGUCCGGGUGGCGCGCUGCAAUACAGAGGAGCCCAAUGCUAGUCGAACGCUGACUUGUUGUCUUCUGGAGCUUUAAUUAAAACGAAGGAAAAAAAAGAGAUAUCAAAGGUUGUUUCUUACACCGGA